AUGGCUCUCGCUUAUGGUCCGACUCCCAUACGCCCUAUCUCGCAUCUCGCGGCGCCAGAGUCUGCCUCUAGGUAUCCACAACAUCUGCUCAGACAUGUGGGUUCGUUUCCGGGCACUCCAUCAUCUGUAUCUGUUUCGGAACGUCCGACGAGUCGCCUUGAACGUACUUCGACCGUCACCGGCGUCUCGACAAGUUUCAGGCCCAAUCGGCCACUACCGUCGUUACCCAGGACCAACAGCGUUACCGGGUCGAGCGCAGCUCCUACUGCCAUGACGAUAUCCACCACCCGCCCUCCGAGUCCUCCAAAGAAGAGUGCGCUCAAACCCCCAGUAUCACGCCGCUCUCACGUUGUCUCUGUGAAUAUGCCCCAACGGAAGACUUCCGUUGCUAGUAUUGUUAACCAUCUAAGCAUAUUGCCUAGACUCUUGUCGUUUCUUCCCUGGGCCGACUUUCUCUCCCUUUCUCAAACGUGCCGUUCCGUGAGGAACGUUUGGAAGGAAAACGACUUGCGGGAUCUUGUCUUGUCGAGAUAUGUCGAGGGCUAUGGUGCUUGUCUAAAACUACGAUCCCCAUCGCGGGAAGGUAUGAGAGAGGUUCCCGUGACAUUGCAUGAUCUCGACCUACUCUUAAUCUCGCAACGUACUGCCCUCCAUAUAUAUCCCACCACUGCACUCUCGACUCUGUCUUCUCACCACCUUUCAGAUGCCGAAAUUUUACAGAAUCGGAAACUGGCAAAGUUAACCCACACCCAUUCCCGCUUCGUGCUUCUGCUCCAGUCACUCGCACACAACUCCUCAUUACCCCCGCCUUUAGAACGGGCACCAGAAUUCGAUCCGAUCUUCCCUGAAGAUGAUACCCAGCCACAGGGGCCUUUGCUUCUACAGCGAGUUUCUUUGCUGGAUGGAAGCGGGGCAGGACCUGUACGGGAGCUUGUGUUCCCUGCGCCUCUAUCAUGUCCAGAUCCGAAGUAUCAUUCGGUUUCCGCUGGCGCUGUACUGCGAGAUCGCCACAGACAUACACGCAGUCUGACGGGCACUGAGUCUGACAUACGGUCCCGUCAAACUCCGAAAAGUACGGGACUGGAAGGCACCAUCAGACCCGAUCCUUUUGCAUCAUUGCACUCAAUGAAAAGGAAGAAUCGGCGUUCCAUAUUUGGCAGGAGUUCGACUAAUCCACCUCCGCCACCCGCCGAUCCCAGAGACCUUAAAUAUUAUUCGACGGGCUGGAGACAGUCAUUACUUAACGCCUCUUUUGCCCACAGCGCAAAACGUGCUUCGACCGCGAAUAACUUCCCGGUUUCAGAGGGAUGGGUAUCAGACGAUGACUUGGGAUUUAAUCGGCCACAUCGGAGGUUCGAUUCGUCAAAAUUUAAUGGAAGCAGUCAUUCUUUCAGCAGCACCUCCGGAUCAGCGUCAGGGUAUGGAGGGUUUCCGUUAUCCCAGAGCGAAAGGCACAGCUCCCCAUCACCACCUUUAACGCCUGUCACGGUGCCAUCUUCCUCGUUCCCCCACGAUCUCCUGCUUGCCACGUCGCGCGUCCGUGCUCCCAUUUUACGUGUUUAUGUUCCGUGUGCUGAGUUGUCGGACGGUCCAGAGUUCUUGGACAAGGAUUAUUUCCUCACCGUAACCGAUGGUGGUUCCAGCAUCCAGAAAUGCGAAGAUCAGCUUUUUGAAGCCGGUCUAUGGGAACAUAUGAGCACAGGAGAUGUUGUUUGUAAUCUGGGGUAUGUUCCUUUCGCAGAAAAUGCACCAGGAGACGAAGAUAGUCCUGUAGAAGAAAUCUUGUCUGGCCGGGAGUUCUCCAGAAGACGCAGUCGGUCUGAUAAGUUCAAGGAGACUCGUACAUGGUUAGUGUUCAACGGAGACUGCCUCGUUCCCUUUUGUCUUCCUGAAGAUUUGUUACCUAUUGAUGACCCGAUAUCUUUGCCGUCGCCUUUUUAUUAUGAUCACCUCUUACCUGCUACUCCUCUUGCGCUGCAUCCUCAGCGAUCGCUUUUACUUUCUGGUAAUAUCAGGAUGGUCCUUCGACAACUCCCAUCUUCCGGCUUUGAAGAAGCACCCCAACUGCUUCUUGUUCAUGCUCAAACCGAAGUCCUGAGCCCUCAUUCCAGGGGCGGUGUUGCAGUUGCAAAGAAGUGGAUUUGGAUCGCGAGAGUCUGGAGGGGCGGUUAUCAUCUCGAUGCCGCCGGGAAGAACGGCACCGGAAGUGGCUUCGGCGUUACUAUGGGAAUCGGCUGGAAAGGUGAAUGGAUCAUUGAAGGAGAAGGAACCAAAGAAGGUCGCCAAGCGCUGUUGGACUGCCUUAAAGGUGAAGGUACAACGGAUAGGGAGUUUGAGUUCCUCCGGGAGAAGAGUGGCGGCGGAAGGAUUUGGCUCAGGUGCGACGAUUUCUUAUGUAUAUCUGUGCUGAUUUAUGAAUUACGCUUAAGAAUGCUCCAAUCUUCCUCGGUACAAUUGUACCCAUCAAACUCGGAUUCCUUCUCGUCUUCUUCUACACAAACAGCUUUUCCGCCCCGUGUGUGA